GGAGAAAGGGACGAUUUUGUUCUAAUUCCUUCUGGGAAGCGAUGUGGCCUUUUUUGCAGAGAAGGCUGUGGCCUGUAAGGAAUCGAAGGGUCUGCAAACUCUUCUGCAGGUUAUAUUGCCAGGCUGCAAAGAGGGACACCAUCUUUGCCUUGUCUUCCGGCCAAGGAAAAUGUGGAGUGGCUGUGAUUCGAACCAGUGGCCCGGCUAGCCGUUCAGCCUUGCUCUGCAUGACUGGGACAAAGAAGCCACCACCUCCCAGAACAGCUACUUUACGUAGGAUCUGUGAUCCCAGCUCUUGUGAGAUCCUGGACCAAGGCCUUGUACUAUGGUUCCCAGGAAUCAAACAUUCAGAUGGAAUCUGGUAACCUAUGAAGGAAGAAGGCACAUGCCAUGACGGUUCUGAAGAAAAUUGGUGGUUGCUAUCAAGCCCAGUUGAAGCAACUAGUUAAUGCAACAGGAUCCUCCCACCCCACCCCUUUGAGGGAAAACAUGAAACAGAGAAAGACCUUGAACAUGAGGCUACCACAUGAAAGAUGUCACAUUUAAUUAGACUGGAAGGAGGUUGUUUCACAGACUGAACAACAAGAAGUACAGAUUCCACUA